AUGCGGCGCUCUGCCCUGUACCACUGCUAUCCUCUUCUGGGCGGGGCUCUACUGCUCCUGCUGGUUAGCUGCGUCCUGGGUUGCCCCGCUCGCUGCGACUGCUCCGCCCAGACCAAGUCAGUCAGCUGCCACCGCAAGCGACUGCCUACCAUCCCCGAGGGCAUCCCCAUUGAGACUCGGCUUCUGGAUCUGAGCAAGAACAAGCUGCGGAGCAUUACACCGGACAACUUCUCCUCCUUCCUACAGCUCGAGGAUCUAGACCUCAGCGAUAACCUGAUAGGCGUGGUCGAACCGGGCUCCUUCAAAUUUCAGCUCUCCCUGCGCUCGCUGAACUUCCACAGCAACCUCCUCCAGCUGGUCCCCGCCGGUGUGCUCUCUGGCCUGGCCAACCUCACCAGUCUGGACCUCAGCCACAACCGGUUGGUGGUGCUGCUGGACCACGGCUUCCAGGAUCUUCGGAGGCUGAUGUCCCUGGAGGUGGGUGACAAUGAGCUGGUGUUCAUCUCCCAGAGGGCCUUUACUGGCCUGCUGGGCCUACAGAGCCUCACCCUGGAGCGCUGCAACCUGACUGUUGUGCCCACUGAUGCCCUGGGGCACCUACACAGCCUGGUGGAACUCCGCCUGCGCCACUUGGGCAUUGGUGCCCUGAAGCCCUACUCCUUCAAAAGACUUCCCCACCUUCGCCACCUGGAGAUUGACUACUGGCCCUGGCUGGAAGUCUUCCCCGCUCUGUCGCUACACGGUCUCAACCUCACCACACUCACUGUCACCAACACUAACCUGUCCUCUUUUCCCGGCCCUGCUCUACGCAACCUGCCCUACCUCACGCACCUAAACCUAUCCUUCUGCCGCAUCCAGCACAUCCAGCAAGGGGUGCUAGACAAGCUUCCGCGACUGCAGGAGUUGCACCUGCGAGGGGCUCAGCUGGCUUACAUUGAACCCCUGGCCUUCCUGGUACUCCCAAACCUGCGCAUGUUGGAUGUGUCGCACAACCAGCUGGACUCUGUGGAGCAAGCUGUGUUUGCGUCCCCUGACAGCCUGCAGACGCUGCUUAUGGGGGGGAACCCUCUGGUGUGCGACUGCCGGCUCCUAUGGUUGCUGAGUGGCCGGAAGCCACCCUUGCUGCAGCUCCCUGACCCCCAGCCUGAGUGCAGUGCCCCUGAGCGCAUCCGUGGGAAACCCUUGCGGGACCUCAAGGAGCCGCUGGUGUCACGGUAUGUGACCUGCACCAAGCCAUGGAUCGGGCCCAACACCACCCAGCUGCUGCUGGCAGACGAGGGGCAGCCUGUCUGGCUCAACUGCAUAGCAGACGGGGCUCCUCGGCCAUCCAUGGCCUGGGUGACGCCACACAGACGCUAUGUCACAGCCAAGAGCACCGGGAGGGUGACAGUCCAUACCAACGGCACCCUGGAGAUUAAGGCUGCGGAGCUGCACGACAAUGGUGUGUACCUGUGUGUGGCCAGUAACGCGGCGGGCAAUGCCAGCAUGUCAGCCUCGCUGGCUGUGAAGAGCCUGGGCAUCAGCGAUAGAUCGCUCUACACCAACAAGAGCGGUCUCCUGGCGGACUCCAAUGGGACCUGGGCCAACGGCACCCUCCUGUACAAUAUGACAAACCCCAUAGACCUGAAGACCAUCAUCAUCUCCACAGCCAUGGGCUGCCUGUCUUUCCUGGGCGUGGUCAUCUUCUGUUUCCUCCUCCUGUUUGCCUGGAGUCGUGGGAAGGGAAGGCACAAGAGCAACUUCGACAUUGAGUACGUUCCCCGCAAAUCGAAUGGGACAGCAGCGGAGGCAAAUGAGACAAGCGGGCCCAGACGAGUCAACAUGAAAAUGAUUUAA